AGGCAUGUGGCAUACUGGACGCGAUGUUUGAAGACAUACCUGCCACAUCACUACACGGGCAACGAGAGCAAUCGCAUGUAUCUCGCUUUCUUCAUCCUGUCGGCACUGGACCUUCUUGACUCGUGGACGGUCGUCGCGCACGAGCAAGAACGGAACGAUUAUAUCAACUGGAUCUACCACUGCCAGCAUCCUGAUGGUGGCUUUCGCAUGUGGCCCGGCACCGACUUUGGUGCAUUGCGGAAUGGAUCCAAUGCCAAGUGGGAUCCGGCCAAUGUGCCUGCCACCUAUUUUGCCCUUUCCGCUUUGUUGGCCAGCGGAGAUGAUCUCGAGCGUGUGAAGCGCAGGAAGACUCUAGAAUGGAUCCAGAAGAUGCAGCGUGACGAUGGCUCAUUCGGGGAGACUCUGGUAGACGGUAAUGUGGAAGGCGGCAUGGACCCUCGCUUUGGCUAUUGUGCAGCAGGCAUCCGCUACAUCCUCCGAGGCGACACGGAAGGGCCGCUGAAGAUUGAUCAUGCGAUGAUUGAUGACAUUGAUAUUGACGCGCUUGUUCGAUGCAUCACUUUGGCCGAGUCAUAUGAUGGUGGCAUAGCAGAUCAACCUUUCCACGAGCCGCACGCCGGCUACGAGUUCUGCGCCCUUGGAGCACUGAACUUUGUAAACCGAUUGCAGACCCCAGCAACAGCAAGUCUGGACAAGAGCAGGCACCAUGGCCCUAGCGAUCCAAACAUGACAAUCCGCUGGCUUGUGGAAAGACAGACCGACAUGGAAGAACCUGAGGAUGAAGUCGAUCCUGAUCCCAUGGCUGGCGAACUUCACCAGAGUCCUGACAAGUCGAUACCAACUGCGCCGUUUGGCCCAGAGCCACAGGAAGCGGGCAUGAACGGCCGCAUGAACAAGGCUGCAGACACUUGCUACGCGUGGUGGGCAGGCGCGUCGUUCUUCAUGAUGGAUCAACCUCGACUUUUCAAUCACAUUGCACUGAAGCGAUAUUUGCUGGGUAAGACACAGCAUCCAGCCCUGGGCGGCUUCGGCAAGUUUCCUGGCGAUUUGCCAGAUCUAUAUCACAGUUGCCUUGGGCUCGCUGCACUCGGCAUGAUUGGCGUAGACGGCAUCAAAGAAGUAGAUCCUGCCAUGUGUAUCAGCAAGACAGCCAGCGCUAGAAUUCCAGAAUUGUGGCAACGUUGGAAAGAUUGA